AUGAACUCCCUCUCCUACCUCUCCCGUCAGUUCGAUGUCCUCGCCUCCCCACGGACGCCACCCGGCACCCCGACGAACGAGGACGCCCCCUUCGCGCUCAAGACAGACCCUCACGCUCGUCUAAAGCGUUCUGGCUCCACCAAGUCCUUCCUCGCCCCCCAGCCCUCGUCGUCUUCUCACACCUGGCUCAAGCGGUCCUACUCGUCGCCCGCCCAGGUGAACCCGACCGCAAGCCUGCUCGCACCCGUCUCGCGUCGCCCAUCUGUGUCUGCUGCUUCCACCGAGAAGGCCAUCCGGCUCAAGGGCGGCCGCGACGCGUCGCCCGCGCUCCGCCACAUCUUCUUCGUCCGUAUCGUCCUCCAGCUCUGGCAUGCCCUGCUCGCCGCCAUCCGCUCUCUUCCCGGAAGGUCAUUGCCCCCCAUACCGGUUGUGGUAGAUGAAGUGGCUGUAGACGACGCCUCGGACGAUGAGGACAAGGACACCGAGGAGGACGAGGGCAGCAAACACGAGAAGGGACCGCCAGCACCUGUAUCAUUAGACUCUUCGCCCCAUUCACCAUACCAGCCAGCCAACCGCUCCCCUCUCUCGCAAGAUCCACGUAAAGCCCCGCCGACACCCCCGCCAUUAGUAAAGGCCCUAGAAGCCGGCGCGGAGCUAGAGAAGGAACGGCGCAUCACACCAACGCCGCCUCUAGACCUGAAGGCUCUCCUCGCGCCCUCAAUCACGCCUCCCGGUGCCCGUUCUCGUGCAGAUACUCCAACCCCUCCCCCGAAGCAAUCACCUUUCCACCGGCAAAAGACCCUGGUGCUCGAUCUCGACGAAACCCUCAUCCACUCCACGUCGCGACCCAUGCCAUACGUCGGCGGCUCCGGCCUCUUUGGCUUUGGCGGCCGCAACAAGGGCGCAGGGUACACGGUUGAAGUCGUCCUGGGCGGCCGCAGCACGCUCUACCAUGUGUACAAGCGGCCGUUUGUGGAUUAUUUCCUGCGCAAGGUAUCGCAGUGGUACACGCUUGUAAUCUUCACGGCCUCGAUGCAGGAGUACGCGGACCCCGUCAUCGACUGGCUCGACGCCGGCCGCGGUAUCCUGGGCCGGCGCCUCUUCCGCGAGUCGUGCACGCAGCUGCCCAACGGGUCGUACACGAAGGAUCUGUCGAUAAUCGAGCAGGACCUCUCAUGCGUCUGCCUGGUGGACAACUCGCCGGUGUGUUACACGAUCAACGAAGCGAACGGCAUACCUAUAGAAGGCUGGACCCACGACCCACACGACGAAGCGCUGCUCGACCUCCUUCCUGUGCUUGACUCGCUUCGCUUCACGAGUGACGUCCGGCGCGUACUUGGGAUCCGCGGCUUCUCAUGA